AUGCUGAUCAGCGAGACGCACCUCAAAUCCAAGCUCCAGCUCAAGAUCCCGGGCUACUUCGUGUACCGCCAGAACGAGGUGACGCCGCAAGGAGAAGCCUACCGUGGACUGGCUGUCCUGGUGAAGAGGACGUUAGUACACCAAGCCGUGGAACCCAAAAGACUCGACACCCUCUACGCCCUCGGCGUCGACAUCCAGGUGGGCGUAGGUGAGAUGCGCCUGUACGCCGCAUACCGGGCACCUUCAAGACCCCUUCGAGUCCAAGAGGUCCGCGACCUACUACUAACCGCACCUCCAACAACAUCGACGAUCGUAGCGGGUGACCUGAAUGCCAAACACCAGGCCUGGCAGAACACCACCAGCAAUACCACGGGCGAGCAACUCGUUCGCGAUGCCAGCGCGUACGACUAUGAGAUAGCGGGCCCCCGAGAGCCAACACGGCUCGACCCGGUCGGCCCGCAUAGAGAUAGCGUACUGGACAUCGUUGUGUACAGGGGACUGCGAGCGCCUCCAACACAAGAGGUGCUUACAGACCUUCCCUCGGACCAUCGACCAGUCCUACUGGUAUUUAGAGAGCCCGCUACAACAACCGGCCCUCCCAAGAGCCUAGUCCACACGGACUGGGCAACCUUCCACCAAACCUUGGCAGCGUUCGAGCGACCGGCGCUAGUCAAGACACCGGAAGAAGUCGACGCAGCGGCGGUCGAAAUAUCGAGAAGCACUACAGACAGCACUGCGCGCCUCCUCAAGCACCAGGCCGAGAUCCGAGACCGACAGGACCCACUGCCACACCUAAUCCGGAAAAUGCUAGAGGAGAAGCGCGAAGCUAAAAAACUGCUGGCAACGUACUAG